AUGGCUUCAAUGAACUCAUUUUCUGGGGUGUUCUCAUGAAGAAACUCAAGAACUUCAAUAUUUUUAUUAUGGGCAGCUAGAUGUAAAAUUGGAAAAUCGUUGCAUGUCUCUUUUAGGUCAAUUUUUAAAGUCGAUUUUUUCUUGACGUACCAUAAUAGAUUUAGUGAGUUAAAUUUUACAGCAAUAUAUGGGACUGAUGGAGGACCUUUAAAUUUGUUGAUAAAAAUAUCCAGAGAGCUCUCUGGUGAGCAUAUCAGGCAUCUCUGUGUAAUUAAAGCUCCAUUUCCAAUCAACAAUUUUGCAUCAUCAAUUUGAUUCGAUUUCAAAGAAUAUUCAAGUAGCGAAAAUUUUUCUGAAUUUGAGAUAUUAACAUUUCCUCCUUCUUUGAUAUAA